UGGUGGGGUCGGACGGGUGGGCGCGGCCACAGCACCAUCUUCCACCGCAGGCUGGUCGGUCUUACUCCCUGGCCAAAUGGCGCCGCGGCCACUGGGCCCCUUGGUGCUGGCUCUGGGUGGCGCCGCAGCCGUGCUGGGCUCGGUGCUCUUUAUCCUUUGGAAAGCUUACUUUGGCCGCGGCCGGGAGCGGCGCUGGGACCGGGGCGAGGCCUGGUGGGGCGCAGACACUGCCCGCCUCCCUCAGUGGGACGUGUGGGAGCCCGAGGACGAGGAAGAUGAGCCGGCGUUGGAGGAGCUGGAGCAGCGCGAAGUCCUGGUGCUGGGGUUGGAUGGCACAGGGAAAAGCACGUUCCUGCGCAUGCUGGCCGGGAAGCCACCGGUGGAAGGCCACGUCCCCACCUGGGGCUUCAACUCUGUUCGGCUGCCUACCAAGAAUUUCGAGGUGGACCUGUUAGAGAUUGGUGGCAGCCAGAACCUGCGCUUCUACUGGAAGGAGUUUGUGAAUGAGGUGGACGUUCUUGUGUUCAUGUUGGAUUCGACUGAUCGCCUAAGGUUGCCCUGGGCUCGGCAGGAGCUGCAGAAACUGCUGGACAAGGACCCCGAUCUGCCUGUUGUGAUCGUGGCCAACAAGCAGGACCUGAGUGGGGCCAUGAGUAUGGUGGAGCUGCAGCAGGAGCUCGGCCUCCUUGCUAGUGACAACCAGAGGGAGGUUUUCCUCUUGGCAGCCAGCAUUGCCCCUGCAGGAUCUGGCUUCGAGGAACCCGGCACUGUGCGCAUCUGGAAAUUGCUCUUGGAGCUUCUCUCCUAAGCUGGACCCAACUGCCUGCUGCCCAGCCUUGGAGACCACAGUUCUGCCUUCUCCUGCAUCUCUGUUGCUAGCCUAGGCUUUGGGCAGGAACAUCAUAGCAAAGCUUCCUCUUUCCCUCAAAAGCAAGGCCAAAUCCAUGCAGAAGCCUUCCUGGUGAGGUGCCAUGGGGCUGAGGCAGGAAGGACAGUGACUGCCUCAGAGGCCACAGUACAGCUAUCUCCGGCUUCCCUUGCCUUCCUGCAGAUGCUCAGCAGGCUCAGUGCUCCCUCCCUGCAAGUCCCACGGGUGGAAGCAGCAGUGUGGAGGUCUCGGGGACUCCUGAGCCUUCGUCUCCCAUCUCACUGGUCACUCAUACAUUUUCCAUGAGGGAAGGUUCUGAGUAGAGCUCAGCAGGUCCUUGCUCCUAGGCCUUAUGCUCCCACCCCUGCUCUGUCUGAGGCCUUGUGUUUCUGCCUUUCUAGCCCCCAGGCCAUUAUUUUAAAGGGAGGUGAUUUCCAUGUUUUUUUUUUCUAAAUGCCAUCCUGGCAAUGCCAAACCUGAACACCUUAGCAGAGAAUCUUCUGAACACCUCCCUGCUGUUAAGGCCUGGCCUUGCCAGCCUUUCUUGACCACAAAGUGCAGUUCACUGAACAGGGUGAAGGGUGGUGUUGCCCAGGUCUGAAGACAACCCGCUGCUUUUGUACUGUGCCAACGCCCAUGUUUACAUAAGUCUAGAGAAGGAGCCUGAGUCUGGGAACAAGACUGGAGCUGGGGGUAUCAGCCUCAGAAUGGCAUUUUAUUUAUUUAUUUAUGUAUUUAUCAAAGAAAUGGGCCAAAGUUCUAGGUUCUGUUCUAGGUGCUGUAAUGGAGACCCUAGAAGACUAUCAUAGAAAAACUGAAGCUUUGAGAACUGUCUGGAAUCAUGAUCAAGAUUAGGUAACCCUAUGGGUGUCAAUGGAGACACAGAACUGUAGCUUUCCCCUCCCCCAAACUGGCCCUGAGACCAUGACUGGAAGCAAGUACCUCAAGGAGACCUAGUACUCAUGGCCCAGGACUGGACAGGACUAGGAGAGCCAUCAUGAUGACUCUUCCUGUGCCCAUGGCAGGCACAUCACCAAGCCUUCUGGGACCAUUUAUUUGCCAGCCAAAAGACUGUCCUUCCUCAGUUUCCCAUGUGCUGGGAUUAUAGGACGCAUUGGGCCAUCAUGCCUGGCUUUCAGUUUGCUUUUUGAGAAUACACUGUGUGCUGUGUUUGCCAAUUGCCCAGCAAACAGCCCAGGAAGUUGAAGUGAGCACAAUCAUCAGAAGGGGGCAAUGCUAUGCCUUUGGACUCCAGCCCAUGAGAACGGAAUUACUACAGGAUAAAUCACUCAAUAGAGGUGAUUUUUCUGCUUUUGUAUUAAAUAUUUAAAGAAGGACUAGGAUUUUAGAGUAUUUGAAAUUUUCUUGGACAUUGUAUGUCUAUUCUGAGGACUCCACGUCACUCUCCAGUGCUAAAGCUUAACUUACAACAGGACUUGUUGAGAGGAUUUCUCUUUUCCUAAGAGCUUUGUCUAAUGAGUUUCAUCAUGUACAAUUGUCAUACUGUCCCAAGGUGGAGGGUGGGAAUUUAAGAAUAAAGAAUUUCACUGUGUCUA